UAACAUGGCAUAUCCGACUUUAUCUUUAUACUGGGCGCUUGCUAUCAAUCUUCUUCCGGUCGGCAUCUUUAUUUUGCUUUGUUACGUAGCUAAAGGUGAUACACAGCUAGCGUAUGCCGCUGUUCUAUCUACGGUCUACUCCCUCGUGAUGAUGCUCGUAAUUGUUGGAUUGCUGAAACAGGCUGCAGACAACGGUUUCUGUUCUGUAACGACACUGUUUCUGUGCUUUGUUGCCGGGGUGUUUAUCCUUGCCGCCUUUAUACACCCUCAGGAAUUUUGGUGCCUCCUUCAUGGUUUCCUGUAUUUUCUUGCUAUCCCGUCAAUGUCCAUGCUCCUCAUGCUAUAUUCCAUUGGUAAUUUACACGUGGUCUCUUGGGGAACCAGAGAAACGCCGAAACCUGCUGCGGCACCUAAACCCGGAGAAGUGAAGAAACAACCGGAGAAAAAAGGGGCAGUUCAAGAGUGGCUACAAAAAUUAGGUCUAGCAGAAAAGGCGGGAAAAUCAGACUACAUGUUUUCAUUCGGAAAUCUUUGCAGGUGUGUCUGCUGUCCCUCGGAAACCAAGGAUACGGAGGACAUAAAACUGAGGGCGAUACUUGACCGUCUAGAUGACAUGGAGGCUAGAAUCAUAGACUCACCAGAGAGCCACCAAUCAACCGAGCUCGAAUCUGAACGUCACGUGCACUUUUCGGAAGCCUCGGAUUUGUUCGAAGGAUCAAGAGAAAGGAUCAACCCUCUUUUUGAAGAGGAAUCCACGUCCAAUAAACCUCCGCCUCGACAUUGGAUCAAUGACAAAGAGUUGAUGAUGGGCGCCGUUGAGACGAUACCGGAAAAGGAAACAACAUUCUGGCAUGAACUUAUAAAGACAUACCUAUAUCCGCUUGAGGGCGACAAGAAAGAACAGGAAAAGACCCAAGCGGAAUUACUUGAACUUAGGAAUACAGUUUGCUUGUUUUUCCUACUUGUGAACGCAUUGUUUGUGGUAAUUGUGUUCAGUCUACAACAAGUGAACGCUGACUCCGGAGGCUCGAUAUCUAUUGAGUUACCUUGUGCUAAUGGGAACUUUGGAGAAGCAAUCGAGCCAAUCAGCAUGGCUUUUACAGCCGUCUUUGGGCUUCUUUUGUUGAUUCAGCUAUUCUGUAUGAUACUACAUCGGAUGUCAACGUUCCUACAGAUCUGCUCUAUCACGGAAAUCAAACUCAGGCGUCCAAAACAACUUCAAGCUGAAGAAAAAGAAAUAAGUGUUGAGAAGGGCCUGAGACUUGUCCGAGAUAUGCAGGGUAUUAAAGACGAUGACACUAAAUCCGUUGUAUCCGAGGAUCUGAGUAUUUCUGAUGACAGGUCUUCAGUUGGUACAGUAGAAGGUGAAGGCAAAAGAGACUUGUGGAAGAAAAUUGCAAAUAGACGUAGAGAGCAAAAGUUUGGAACACUGAGUCAAAACUUUGUUAAAAAUUUCAAAAAACUUCAAAAGCAUAUGGAAGAUCAUGAGAUGGGAUCAACGCUGCAUGUUAAUAGAGGCGUGGGUAGUGUUAACGGAGGUCUCGGUGCUGUAACAGAAGAAGACGAUCAGGAAGAUGUGCAACAACUGAGAAGUGUGAAACGGAAAUUUAAUCGAUUUGAAAGAAAGAGUAUCUUUACGAUUGUUCAAAUGUCACGUGACCCAAGAUUAAAGCAAUCAAUUCUACAACGUGGUAAUGUUGUUACAAGUCGCUGGCGACGUGCUGCAUUAAAAGCCAAGCUACGAGCAGCGGCAGAGCAGGCUGCAAACAAUGGGAACAAAGAUACUCCAGACGGCAAACCAAAAACAAAAGUUUCCAUCCUAGAUAUAACGCGACUUGCUGUGGCUGACAGGGACAGCAAUGUUCCGUCACCUUCUGAAUCUGAUGACGAGCUAGUUGAUCAGAAAAGUAGACUGUGAUAUUUAAUAGUACCUCAGUACAGAAUUUAACCUAAGUAAAUACUGUGAUCUAAGUAUAUAUUGUGAUUCCAAGUACAAUUAUAACUUCGAAAUACUCCUCCGUAUAAAUCAUGACCAUAGUAUAUACUGUAACCUCAGUAGAGUUUGCGACCUCAGUAUAGAUAGUGUAUAACUUUAUUUAAAGGAACUCCACUGAGGUCCAAAAGCCUGAACACAUAAAAUGUGAAUUUAUUACACAAAGUCCUAUUUGGGUUAAAAGCACUGCAACUUUUUUCAAUUAUGGGUCUCUUUAUUAGAAUUCUGAUAAACCGUGAGAAGUGAAUGAUCUGAAAUUUUACACAAAAUUUAAACUAUUUGUCAAGACCUAACUGAAAUGGAACAUUAUUUUCGAAAACUUAUUUCAAUUCCCAUCAUGUCAAAAAAACUUCAGUGGAGUUCCUUUGUAAUGAUAUGUAAAUACAUGAGAGGAUUUCUUUAUAUGUGUUAAAUAUACUUAAUAAAAUAACAAAGUUGUCUAAUAAUAAUAAAUGGGAUCAACGCUGCACGUCAAUAGAGGCGUGGGUAGUGUAAAUAAUGUAGGUCUGUGUAACAGAAGAAGACAGCAUAUGUAGACAAAAAAUAACCGAUUUGAAAGAAAGAAUAUUCAACUGAGUGUGAACAAAAAUGUUAUAUUUCAUUUAUAAUUAUCGUUUUAUAUAUGUUUCUAUUACAUUCAUUUCAUAGCCUAUUUUUUUUAUAUGUUUAACACUUUUAUAUAUACUCAUAUUGUUAAAAACUGCAUUUUUGUAAUUUAUUAUUAAUUUCAUAUAUUUGAUUAACAUCAAAGCCAUAAAGUUGACUUAUUUAGUGGCAUGGGCUAAUUCGAAACAUAAUCUCUUACGUGUGUAAGGUACGUAGUGUUAACGAAAGGAAGCAACUUUUAUGUAUUGAUAAGUGAAUGUGUUUUAGUGCGGAGAGCACGAGAGUAUGUAUGAAGAGAUGUGUGUAACCAGUAUAGUUUAUACUUUUCUAUUGAAAUUUGUUUAAGAACACAUUAUAAUUUCAGGCAAAAUAUCUUAUUUAAA